AUGUCGGCGAAUUUGAACACAUCUGUGAGUGGAACACACUCAGCUAUAACCUCACCGCAAUGCAUCAAUCCUACGACGCAAAAAAUCGGACAAACAUUCGCUUACUGUCUGUUAUCGAUUGUUUCGCUGGCUGGCAAUAUCUUUAUGGGGAUCACAGUCUACAGCUCGAAAACCUUGAGAAAACCUACCAAACUUUUUAUGGCCAACAUGGCCAUAUCCGAUCUUUUGUAUCCGAUUUUCCUGUUUCCAAAAAACUUGACGCAGCUAUAUCGAGGACAAUACUUCUGGUCAGUCAGCGGUCGUCUUGGAGAAACACUGUGUAAGCUGGUUCCCUUCUUAGCAGAUGCCUUCAACGCUGUGUCAAUUUUGAGCGUGGUUUUGAUAGCAAUGGAACGAUAUAGAGCAGUGGUAUUUCCCUUCCGUUCCCCUCUAGGCUCAAAGUUCUGCGCUCUCUCCAUUAUCGCUACUUGGACUACCUCAAUGGCUCUUCAUUUACCAUAUCUCUUCGCCUUUUCGCUAAUGGAACAUUCGGAAGAAAAAAAGUGUGAACCACAGUGGAAGAAAACUUUUGAGGAUUCCUUUCCCUUUGAAACCUAUAUCUGUGCUGGUUCUAUUUUAAUUUUCUUCAUUCCUCUCUUUGUUACUAUUUUACUUUACGUUAUAAUUAUUUUAAAACUCAAGUCCCAGAUGACUCCAGGCGAGCAAUCAGCUAAUGCCUUAACACAUCGAGCAGAGAGGGAGUGGAAAGUGCUGAAGAUGUCCAUUGCUAUCGUGAUGACGUUUACAUUAUGCCGAAUUCCCUACACCAUUAGUUAUUUCAUGGCCUAUUUUCCACAGAACACCUCCAUGAUCAAGUCUUGCGGUUUUCAAUACUUCGCGUAUACCGCUUUUUUUCUUGCUCACUCACAUUGUGCUGUAAACCCUUGCAUUUGUUUUAUUUGCUGUAGAGGCUAUCGAAAAGACUUAAAACAGAUUUUGAAAAAGAGCUUUCACAGGAAGGUAAAGAGAUCCUACGUCUGAGAUAAAAAUUCGUAACUUGACCCAGGCCUCUCUCCUUUUUUCGCUCUGAGCCGAGGUUCUUUCGCUCCGCCGCGACUAUCACCCCGUAUUCAUCAACUCAACGCAUUGUAGCAGCUUUCGGGAAACAGUGGUGAAUAUCACUUUGUAUACGAUCAUUUUUUAUAAGCAGUUUGCCGCUUUCUCGGUUGCGAAAAGUGAAUAAAAUGAUAAAAACACACGUCGUGUCAAGUUGUGAGGUUUAUAAGGAAAUAGACGCAGUCCCACGUAAAAUCCUGAAGACAUGAUCGUGGGCUAGAGAUGUCAGUCUUUCCGAAUUGAAGUUGGUGUUUAGUAGAGCAUUAUAAAAUAAAAAAAAUAUGGCCCGCUAAAAGGAUCUUUUUAAGAGAAACUUAAUGUGCAUGGUUAUUUUAAAAAAGUUCACGGAAAAUUUAAAGGGAGAUUUUAUCAUCGCCUAGUUAAUCAAAGUGCUCUGUGAGCAAACUCGUGAAUUGACAUAUGAUUUUUUGGAUUAUGUUUAAUGUUAUCUGGUUUAGGGAAUUUUGUGGUUGAUUGUCAUAUCUAGAGUACGAGCAGUAGUUCAGUGUUCGCUAAUGUAGCAAAGAAACAAAGUAACGUCGGGAUAAGAAGGCAUUACAAUUGAAAUGAUCAUGCUAUUGCAUUUGACAAGGGUGGAUGAUGUCGUGUGUUUCAAACAUAUAUCAUUUCUGUUUCUGGUUCAAAAGAAAAGGUUGAAAGUAAAUGUGGGUGAAAAGUGAAUUUUCUGUCUAUCAUUGUAAAUAUUAGAAAAUCAAGGCAAUACUUUCUUAAUGAAAACAUUAACGAUUCCGUCUUUAUCAGAUGAGACAAACGGGAACGAGUUUUGAGUGAUAUAACUAAGCUAAGACUGCCACCGUCAUUUUGGAUCUCCGCCUAGGUAGAUUUUAGUCACGUGCUAGGCAACGUAUAAUCAAUAACAAGAUAGAAUUUCAUGUCAGGCCUAUUUAUCAAUUUUGUGGUGUAUAACUUUCGCAUUUUAGUACGUAAUAUGUAUUUUCAAAUUGUCUUGAAACUUAAAAGAAAAUUGUUCCUUAAAAAUUCACUGAAAAUCGGUAGCUAAAAUUGCUUGUUUAGGUGUUAUUUGAUUUUCGUGUUAACUUGUAAUUUCGUUAGCCGCCGGCAUCUUCUGUUGUUUAUCACAGGAAAAACACACGAUACGAAACGUAAUGAUCGAUUUUGUCCUCGAUCUCACGCCGUAACAGAAAAAGCUUUUGAACAUCUGUAAACUCCGAGCGCUUCGCAGUAAGUGAUAUUUUCAAUGAAUCUUCGGAUUGUUUUCAAGUUCUAGGAUUGUAAAUUACAAUUUUAUGAAAAACGAAGGUUUUUCUGUUAUUUCAGUGUGAAUCCUUGUAUGCCUGCCAGUCGCUGGCGCCGCUUGUUGAAACUAAAACGAAAAAAAAAAUUAUUUUAAGAUUAUCAUUGGCUUCUUUGUCACCCCACCACUAUUCUUAGCAAUAAAGGUCGCCAUUUCGUUUGUUUAUUGCUCGCCAAAAACUAUCAAAUACACUCAAAAGCCUAAAAUCGAAAAAAAGUUUACAGGAAUCGACCAGUCGAGCGAGCGAGCGAGUGCCAUUCCCCAUAUCGUAUCUACAACUCGCUCUUGUGCAUGCGCGCAAUUCACGAGUUAAGAACGGAAACUCUCUGGAAUGUUAAAUUGAAGUAAGAAACCUAUCCUCUGGCGCACCGAGAAUUGAACGAGCAAGAUACGCUCUUUUAUCUUCUUCAUGUUAAGCAAGUUUUAUUCUCAAUUAGCACACUCCCUCGAGAUCUUAAUGCCAAUUGUUAUCGUUGACUGUUACGCACUUUUCAGAUAGUUACCUCUAAUACUUUCUGAGUUGUUAAGACGAAAUUAUCCUCCAGUGGAUAACUUCCCCAUUUUCACAACCUGUCUACAGUUGGUAUGUUAAGAAGGAACUACUGAUCUAUCUCUUCUAGACUUUGCCCACAGGGGGAACGUGCUUUGAGCAAACCAGGAAGUAUCGUUAACGGAUAUGAUAAUCGAUACGAUUGCUAUUUUAAGUGUGAUCAAAAUGAUAUCUUUAGGUGAAAACACUUUAGUUUUUUUCAUUUUUAUGUCAUGAUGAUAGCCUAGGACAUGAAAAUAUCUGGUGUACUUUAAACCUAACCUAUAUAUACUAUUUCGUUUCCUUUUUUUAUUCUGUAUGCUAAAUUUCUUUGAUAAAAGUUUCUAAGACUUUUUUAACUCGCCCUGUUAGCGUGCAAUCCUCACGUUUAAUGCGCGCGAAACUCUCUCUUUCUAUUUCCGACAAAAACAAAGAUGAAGUUACCAUAAUGUUUCAGAAGAUUCAGUUGGUGUGGCAACUGUAAGGCCCAGUGUCAUAUAAUUCUAGGCAGAUGAUAAUUCAUGAUCAGUUAUUUGAAACUUGCUUGACAUGGUCGAUAGAUAAAUGUUUUCGCGGGCAAAUUUUCCGCUUUCGUUAUAUGUGAAUAAAGCUACGAGUGCGACUAAUUUCGGUAAAACUAUCUCUCAUAGCAGGCAAAGCUUGGAAACUUUCUAUCCUUCAUUCAGCUCUAACAUACAGCCAAAGAUGUUAUGUUCACUUUUUAGUUUUCACCCGAUGCAGACAUCUUUAACGGAAACUGAUUGACAAUAAAUGAAUAGAGCUCUAAAUUGAAUCUUCUCACGUGAGGUUUGCUUUGUUUGUCGCGUGCGUUAUCGUACUUUGCUUUAAAUUCAUUAAACUCAGAUCACGUCUUGAAAAGAAUAUAAAAGUUGAAGUUUUUCUUCAGGAUAUCAGGUCAGGUAAAACUCAACCUGUGAGAACUGCUCGCCAAAUAAGUAACCGCCAGUAUCAGAGAAAUGUCGCUAAACGAGAACACAUCGAACAAUGGAACACACCCGGUUAUGCCUCCGGCGCUUUGCUUCAAUCCUGUUACACGUAGAAUCGGAGAAACAAUCGCUUACUGCCUCUUGUUUGUAGUUUCGUUGGUUGGAAAUAGCUUUAUCGUGAUAAUUGUGCCUAAGACGAAAACCGUGAGAAGAGCCACAAACAUUUUAAUCGUAAACAUGGCCGCGUCCGAUCUGCUUUAUCCGAUAUUCCUUUUUCCGAAGAAUUUAACAGAGGUCUACCUUCAUUCUGGUUUAGUGAGUGGUGAUGUUGGCGAGACUUUGUGUAAGCUUGUUCCCUUCAUAGCAGAUGUCUCCACUUCUGUGUCAAUUCUAAGCCUGGUUCUGAUAGCAGUGGAUCGAUUUGGAACUGUCGUUUUUCCUCUUCGAACUCCAUUUAUCGGUUCAAAGCUGUGCCGGUUCCUCCUUCUUGCCACUUGGAUAAUCUCAUUGGCUUUUCAUUUACCAUAUCUCUUCGCCUUUUCACUCGUUGAGUAUACGGAAGGAACAAAAUGUGCACUACAGUGGAAUGAAGCCCUCGGAGAUACGUUGUCCCUAAAAAACUACAUUCUGGGCGCUUGUAUUUCACUUGUCUAUAUUCCUUUGUUUCUGAUUUUUUUACUCUACCUCAUAAUCAUUUUAAAACUCAAGCCCCAGACGACUCCAGGCGAGCAAUCGGCUAAUGCCGUUAAACGACGAGUAAAAAGGGAACUGAAAGUGCUGAAGAUGUCCAUUGCUAUCGUUCUGGGGUUUACAAUAUGCCGAAUUCCCCUCACUAUACGUUUGUUAUUGCUCUUUUUUCCACCGAACAUCUCCAUGAUUGAGUCUUGCGGUUUUAAAUAUUUCGCAUAUGUUUCUCAUUUUCUUAAUCACUCAUAUUGUGCUAUAAACCCUUGCAUUUAUUUUAUCUUUAGUGGAAAUUAUCGUGAAGGUCUCAAAUAUCUCUUCGGGCUAAGAAAUUCAUCUUCCAAGUAG